AUGGCGUUUCUGCAGCACGUUGUCACGGCGCCGUUUGCCCGUACGAUUAGGUUCCGAACCCUAACUAUAGCUUGUAGCGCCGUCGCUUCACCUUCCCCCAACCUCAAGAAGUCAUCUCCGCCGUCGCAGGUCCUCCUCGGCAUGUCCGAACAAGAGCUCCAGCAACUAGCUAUCGACUUCGGACAGGAACGUUAUAGAGGGAAACAACUGCAUCAUUUACUGUACAAAAGGAAAGCUAAAGAAAUGGAGGACUUCAGUCAAUUGCCCCUGGCGUUCAGGAAUGAGUUGCAGGAAGCCGGAUGGAGAAUCGGUAGGUCACCAGUAUAUAAGUCGGUUACAGCUGCCGAUGGUACUGUUAAGUUGCUGAUAAAAUUGGAUGACAAUCGCUUGGUCGAAACUGUUGGGAUACCCGUGGAAGAUAAUAAGGGUUCAGUUCGUUUAACCGCUUGUGUUUCAUCACAGGUUGGCUGUCCAUUACGCUGUUCCUUUUGUGCCACUGGCAAGGGAGGAUUUGCAAGGAAUCUUAAGAGGCAUGAAAUUGUGGAGCAGGUGUUAGCCAUAGAAGAUGUUUUCCAGCGCAGAGUGACUAAUGUGGUGUUUAUGGGAAUGGGUGAACCCAUGUUAAAUUUGAAAGAAGUUCUCGAAGCACAUCGUUGUCUGAAUAAGGAUGUUGAAAUAGGGCAGAGGAUGAUCACUAUAUCAACUGUUGGAGUUCCAAACACAAUGAAAAAGCUGGCUUCUCACAAGCUUCAAUCAACACUUGCUAUAAGCUUACAUGCUCCAAACCAGAAACUCCGAGAGAGUAUAGUGCCAAGUGCAAAGUCUUAUCCUCUGGAAGCAAUUAUGAAAGAUUGCAGGGACUACUUCCUUGAAACCAGUCGACGGGUUUCUUUUGAAUACACACUUUUGGCUGGAGUCAAUGACUCGGUCGAGCAUGCAGUGGAGUUAGCAGAAUUGCUCCGCAAAUGGGGUAGUGGUUAUCAUGUAAACCUGAUACCAUUUAAUCCAAUUGAUGGUUCCGAAUACAAGCGGCCAUCUAAGAAAUCGAUUCAAGCAUUUUCAGCUACUCUAGAGUCCCGUAAGGUUACAGUCAGUGUGCGGCAGACGCGAGGUCUUGAUGCUAGUGCUGCCUGUGGGCAACUCCGGAAUCAGUUCCAGAAGAGCCCCUUACGUCCUGGUUCUGAGGAUCAGACAUCUGAAUUAGAGGUUGCAGUUGCUUGCUAG